AUGGUGAAAAAGGCCAACGGAAAAUGGAGGAUGUGCGUGGAUUUUACGGAUCUAAAUAAAGCAUGUCCUAAAGACCCAUAUCCUUUGCCCAACAUAGACAGGUUGAUUGAUGGUGCUUCAGGAUGCAAAAUGUUGAGUUUUAUGGACGCCUACUCAGGGUAUAAUCAAAUAAAGAUGAACCCUAUAGAUGCCUGCCAUACAGCCUUUAUGUCGAAUACCUGCAAUUAUUUUUACAACGUUAUGCCUUUCGGGUUGAAGAACGCAGGAGCAACAUACCAAAGGUUGAUGGACAGGGUUUUCUCCGAACAAAUAGGAAAGAACCUAGAGGUAUACAUUGACGAUAUGGUAGUAAAAACUCCCGAAGGAAAGCGCCAUGACGAAGAUCUUUUAGACAUCUUGGGGUCAGUGAGAAAGUAUAACAUGAGGUUAAACCCAGCGAAAUGUUCCUUCGGGGUGCAAGCAGGAAAAUUCCUAGGUUUCAUGCUCACCAGUAGAGGAAUAGAAGCCAAUCCAGAAAAAUGUCGAGCCAUCAUAGAAAUGAGAAGCCCUACAUCUGUGAAAGAGGUCCAAACUUUGACAGGCAGAAUAGCGGCAUUAUCCAGAUUCUUAUCAUGCGCGGGCGAAAAAGGCUUCCACUUCUUCGCAUCCCUUAGGAAAAAUGAAAGAUUCUCCUGGACGCCCGAAUGUGAAGAAGCCUUCAGACAAUUAAAGGAAUUUUUAGCAUCACCACCCAUCUUGACGCGCCCAUUACCAGGUAAUACCCUUUACCUUUAUCUUGCAGUCUCUGAUAGAGCCUUAAGUUCAGCUCUGGUUCAGGAAGUAGAGGGCGAAGAAAAGCCUAUAUAUUUUGUAAGUAGAACCCUUAGAGGAGCAGAAACAAGAUAUCAGAGGAUAGAGAGGUUAUCUCUUGCGGUGGUUGUCACGGCUAGAAAACUAAGACAAUACUUUCAAAGCCACAAGAUAGUUGUUAGGACAGAUUACCCUAUCAAGAACGUCCUCAGAAAGCCAGACCUAGCAGGAAGGAUGGUAGCAUGGUCAGUCGAACUGUCAGAAUUCGACAUCACUUUCUCACCUAGAGGGGCCAUCAAAUCGCAAAGACUGACCGACUUUGUAUUAGAAAUGUCUACCCCGCCAACAACUGAAAAAGCGACGACUUGGACCCUCUCAGUAGACGGAGCCUCCAACGUACGGGGAAGUGGAGCCGGAGUAGUGUUGGAAGGACCAGAUGGCGUUAUGAUAGAACAAUCAUUACGUUUCGCCUUCAAAGCCAGCAACAACCAGGCUGAAUACGAAGCCUUGAUAGCAGGAAUGAAGUUAGCAAAAGACAUGGAAGUGAAGGAGUUGAAAGCCAUGAGUGAUUCCCAACUGGUAACCAACCAAGUGUCAGGCAAAUUUCAGACGAAAGAGCCACAGUUAAUCAAAUACGUGGAGGGAGUGCAAAGUCUUGCUAAACACUUCGACUCGUUCGAAUUAGUUUAUGUCCCUCGCGAACAAAAUAUGAGAGCAGAUCUAUUGUCAAAACUGGCGAGCACAAAAAAACCCGGGAGCCAUAGAACCGUUAUCCAAGAAACGAUUAAAACUCCCAGCAUCGGCGGAGAAGAUUUGAUGAUGGUGAUAGAGGAAGAAGAUUGGAGAUCGCCUAUUAUCCGAUACCUCCAAAAGGAUGAACUCCCAAAGGAAAGGGAAAAUGCGUUCAAGUUGAAAAAGAUGGCGGCAUGGUAUUCUAUGGUAGGAGAUAGGCUAUAUAAAAGGGGAUUUGCAUCCCCCCUCCUUCUAUGCGUUAGUAACGAAGAAGCAAAACACAUCAUGUCCGAAGUACAUGAGGGAUCGUGUGGCAGUCAUAUCGGUUCAAGGGCUUUAGCAGGAAAAAUAUUAAGAGCAGGAUUUUACUGGCCGGAUAUACACGACGAUACCGCCAUAUUCGGUUUGCCUAAGUACAUCGUAUCCGAUAACGGUACACAGUUCGCCAGCGAAAAGGUCGUAGAGUUCUGUCGAAGCAAGGGAAUCAAAAACACCUUUAUAUCGGUGGAGCACCCACAAGCUAACGGACAAGCAGAAUCAGCAAAUAAGGUAAUACUAAGGGCAUUGAAAAGGAGGCUAGAUAGCAAAGGCGAGGCCUGGGUAGCCCACAUCUCACCCAUUCUUUGGUCGUAUCAUACCACCCCCCAAUCCUCGACGGGAGAAGCGCCAUUUACAAUGGUCUAUGGUUCAGACGCAAUGAUCCCGGUGGAGAUAAAUCCUCCCAGUUGGCGCAGAGAAACCAUAACGCAGGAAGAGAACGAUAGAGCUUUGGAAGAGAAUCUAGACAUGAUCGAAGAAAGAAGGGAGAGAGCACAUUUCAGAGAAUUCGCCAUAAAGCAAAGGGCCGCCAGGCGUUAUAAUUCGAGAGUCAGACAAAGAAGUUUUCAAGAAGGCGAUCUAGUGUUGAAAAGACCCAUGGGAAAGGAUAAAGGAGGGAAGUUCGCGGCAAACUGGGAAGGCCCUUUUCGUGUGCAAGAAGCCUUUGAAGGAGGAGCAUAUCGUUUAGAGACUAUGGAAGGAAGAACCCUCCCCAGGACAUGGAACAUAGCAAACUUAAAGUUCUACUACAGCUAG